AUGACAACGAAUGUCUCUGAGUCUUACAAAGGUUUAUUGAAGAAAGCUUGUGGAUUGCCCAUUACUGCCAUGGUCCGUUAUACGUUUAAAAAUCUUGUUGAUCGGUUUGUUGAGAGAAGCACCUUUGCUGAUUUGUUGAUUGCGGAUAAAAAGUUUUGGUCGCUCGCAGUUGAAAAGAAGUUUGAUGAAUACUGGGAGAGGUCCCUAAAGAACACUGACAUAAAGCAAUACAAUACAGCUGAAGGGGUCUUUGAGAUUCUGACAUUUGCACACGAAGGUAAAAGCGGAAAUAUCCAUAAAGUCUCUGCCGAAGGGAAAAAGUGUUCGUGUGGGAAGUGGAGAAACUACCAUAUGCCAUGUUCACAUGCCAUUAAAUUUUGUGAUAUCCGCAGAAUUCAACCAAAGACCUAUGUUAGCAAGUACUACAGUUGCAGGUAUUACAAGCAAACAUACAGUGGAAAUUUUUCACCGUUGGGUCACAAGCGAACUUCAGAAGCGUGGAGUACAACUAGAAGGAGGAAUGAAAUGGAUAUAGCUCCUGCUCGCAUGGCUAGGAAGUGUAGUACGUGCAAGCAAAUAGGUCAUAACAAGAAUCGCUGCCCCGACAGAAAUCAGUAG